AUGCUACAGUCUCACAUCAUUACCCAUCUUAUUUUUUCAGUGAUACAGUUUCUCAUAGCGGUUUUAGCAAAUGGCAUCAUCGUGGUUGUGAACGGCACAGAGUUGAUCAAGCAGAGAAAGAUGGUGCCCUUGGACCUCCUCCUGUGCUGCCUGGCAACUUCCAGGAUUUGUCUCCAGAUAGUCAUCACGUACUCUAAUCUGGCUGUUCUUUCCUUGACUGACUUACCUCUAAUCCCUUGGAUUUCUGUGAUUUUCAUGUACAUACACGAAUUGGAACUUUGGCUUGCUACAUGGCUCAGCGUUUUCUACUGUCUCAAGAUUGUCACCAUCGCUCACCCACUCUUCCUUUGGUUGAAGUUGAGGAUCUCCAAGUUGGUGCCAUGGCUAAUUUUGGGGUCGUUGUUAUAUAUAUCUUUCAAUUGUGUCUUCUACCAUAAAUAUAUAUGGAUUAUUUCACAAAAAUCCUGGUUGGGGCUUUUCUCCGAAAAUGCAACAACUCAAACCAAAGACUUAUUUACAUUACAGUUUGCCCUUCUGCUCGCUGAGCUCUUAUUGCCCUUACUUAUCUUCCUUAUCUCUGCUCUUCUCGUGAUAUUUUCUCUGGGGAGGCAUACCCAGCAGAUGAUGAGCAUGACAACGGGCCCCAGGCACCCUCGCAUGAAUGUCUACAUCAGCACACUCCUGUCCAUCCUGUCCUUCCUGGUCCUCUACCUCUCCCAGUACAUGAUGGCUGCUUUAGUUUUCUUUGAAAUUUUCAAAGUUAGAAACUUCAUCUUUCUGUUCUGCCUGUUGGUGUUUGGUUCAUACCCCUCUGUCCACUCUGUUAUCUUAAUUUUAGGAAAUCCUAAACUGAGACAAAAUGCAAAGAAGUUCCUCCUCCACAGUAAGUGCUGUCCAUGA